GAUGACCAGAGACUGCGGACACAGUACAGGAGAUGACCAGAGACUGCGGACAGUACAGGGAUGACCAGUGACUGCGGACAGUACAGGGAUGACCAGAGACUGCGGACACAGUACAGGAGAUGACCAGAGACUGCGGACAGAGUACAGGGAUGACCAGAGACUGCGGACACAGUACAGGGAUGACCAGAGACUGCGGACAGCACAGGGAUGACCAGAGACUGCAGACAGUACAGGAGAUGACCAGAGACUGCGGACAGUACAGGAGAUGACCAGAGACUGCGGACAGUACAGGGGAUGACCAGAGACUGCGGACAG